AUGACGGUGAUCAAGGCGUGUCUGUUCGAUAUGGACGGGACGCUCGUCAACACAGAACAGUUGUACACGGACGCUACAAAUGACUUGCUCAAACAGUACGACAGGAGACCCAUCUCCCCGGACUUCAAAGACGAGAUCCAGGGACUCCCGGGGGACUCCGUCCCUCGCAGGAUCAUCUCCCACUACAAGCUACCUCUCGACACACCGGAAUAUUACUCUUGCCAGACGCUGGACUGGAGUAGUACCCAACUGUGCCAGGGAGCAGAGCACACAAUUAGAGAACUCAAGGAAAUGGGCGUCCCCCUAGCGUUGUGUACCUCCAGCACACGGGAAUUAUACGGCAAGAAGAUCAGCCCCUGUAGGGACCUGUUCGAUCAGUUCGACGUUGUCGUGACGGGAGAUGAUUGUAGGAUCCCCAGCGGUAGGGGAAAGCCGGCACCUGAUAUCUGGCGGUUGGGUCUCCGGGACUUGAACGAGCGACUGCAUCUAACGUUGAAACCACACGAGUGUCUCGUCUUCGAGGACUCUGCAAACGGAGUGGUCUCCGCAAACGCAUUCGGAUCCCGGACCGUGUGGAUCACCGACGACCCAUUGGUACACGAGAAACCCAACAAAACCGGGCAUUUGGAUCUCGACUUAGUCGAAACGAUCCCAUCUUUAACGCAUUUCAAAACCAGCAACUAUGAAUUCAGUACAUAA